AUGUCUUUCACCAAUAAUUUGGGCCAAUGUUUGACUGAAAGAAAUGCCAACCAAUGGUCGCAUCGAAUCGGCGACUACUCGAUGGUGUCGGCCAUCGGGAAGGGCUCCUUCGGCCAAGUGUUCAAAGCCAUCCAUAAAUCACCUGCGAAUGGAAGCGCUGCCGAGGAAUGCAAAUACUGUGCCAUCAAAUCGAUUGAGAAGAAGUGUUCGCCAAAUUUGGGCAAAAUCUUGACCGAAGUGUCCAUUCAUUUGCGGCUCAAAAACGACAAUAUUUUGCAAUUAUUUAAUGUAAUCGAAGACAAAACUAAUGUGUAUUUAGUGUUGGAGUUGUGUUUCGGCGGAACUCUUACACAACUGAUCCAAAUGUGUGCCAAACAGUCGAAGAGCAGCUGCAAAACGAGCGACAAUUGUCUUCAUCCCAUUCUGGACUACUCAGUGAUCCGCAAUAUAAUGAGACAAUUGUGUAAUGGAUUGGAUUAUCUGCACCGCAACUCAAUAGUCCACAGAGACCUCAAUCUUAACAAUGUAUUGGUUUUGCAUCCGUUUGAAAGCGAUAGUGAUUUAGUGGUGAAGAUCGCCGACUUUGGUCUCGCCAUUGAUCUCAACUCGUCUUCAUUACAACACUCGUCUAAACCUCACAGAGAAGAGCACGUAAUCCCACUCCCGAUUGGGACCACAAUAUGCGGUACUCCGGGCUUCAUAUCGCCGGAGGUUUGGUCUCAAAUGCAAACCGUUUCGCCGAAGAGUGAUAUUUUCAGUUUGGGUUCAAUUCUGUUCGCAUGUAUUGCCGGCUAUACUCCCAAAGGAGGGCUCGAUUUAAGCAACUUUUCUCCGUUUGCUUGCGAUCUGAUUUGUCGUCUGUUGGCCCCAAACCCUACGGAUCGGCCACUCAUUGAAGACAUACUGAAUCACCCAUUAAUUGAAGGCCCGCUCACAACCGAUCGAUUGCUUCCCAUUAAUAAGACCACUAAAGAUCUGCAGUUAGCCAUCGAUACCGACGGAAACGAGUUCCAAAGGGAGCGAAACAGGACUGGAAUCGAUUGCUUUCCCAUUUGUUUUGGCAGAAAAAGCAAAAUCAAAACCGAAAGCACGCAAACACUUUCAACACAACAGCCAUUCAUAUCGAGUCAGAUCUUGAGAUCCAUUCAAAUCGAUGGCAUUGGAGAAGCGGCUCAGCUGUCAAACGGUGUCUUCAAUGUUACGUUCACUGAUGGCUCGUCUCUGUGUUUUAGAAGUGAUUCCGAAAUUCCGGUUAUUUUUUACCCGAAAAACGGGUCAGAAAUGAGGUUCAAAAAGAGCGACUCAUUGCCAGAGUUCAAAAAGAGCGACUCAUUGCCAGAUUUCAAUGAAAUGGGAAAGGGAUGUAUGGAUGGGACGGCAGGACGACUGGUGGCGUCCCCUCUCGACUCACUCUCCACUCCCAUAGUGUUUGCACGCAUUGAACGCUCACUUCCUUUCAGUCACACGUCGUCGACAUUUUGC